UAUAAUAUCAUUGAUUUCAGCAAUAGUAAAUGUUCAGUCAUAAUUUAAUCAUCAUUUGGAUAUUUUUUUUUUUUUAAUUUACACUCACAGUGUCCAUUUGCAAUAUCACUUUAGUUCAGUUUUUCCUUAGAGAGGAAGGCCGCUGGGGUCGCAUUUUGAGGACUGAGUUCUUCAGUAAUUGGUUCAUACUGUCGCCUGUGAAAUGCUUAGACGUAGGCACAGAGUGCGUGGAGUCUAGAUGAGCAUUCCUUGGGCGCACAACCACUCUGCCAUAGUAGGGGGGCUCCUGCUAGGGGUCGGAGUGGCAGGGACAUUAUUCUACCAUCGACGCACCAUAGCUCACUCCCUCCACAGUAUGAGGCUGCAUGCGCUCUUGAAGAUGACAGAUCGGAGAAUUGUCAUUGUAACAGACAAGAAGAGCUGGGAUGAGGUGGCUCCUCUGCUUAUGAGAGAAGUGAGUAGUGAGGGUGCAGUGGGCUUUGAUUGCGAGUGGGUGCAGGUGAGGGGGAAGAGGCGUCCUGUGGCCCUCCUGCAGCUGGCAUCCUGUUCUGGGCUGUGUGUGCUGGUGCGACUCUCCCUCCUGAACAGUGGCAUUCCAGAUUCUCUUAGGACAUUUUUAGAAGAUGAGAAAAUCUUAAAAGUAGGUGUAGGGCCCAAUGAGGAUAGUAACUAUCUAGCUGAGGAUUACAACAUACAGGUCAGAGGUUGUGUUGACCUGAGACACCUAGUGCAACGAUGCCUGAGUUUGGAGUCAUUUGAUUCUGAAAGUGCGUCAAAAGCCCAAGAGGUGUCUCUAGGGAGGACAACAGCAGGGGGGAUGGGGCUGAAUGCUUUGGCUGAGAGGUACCUAGGCCGAACUCUAGACAAAGACUGGCGAGUGAGAGCCAGCGACUGGGAAGCAAAAAUGCUGACCAAGAGACAGAAAAAAUAUGCUGCUGAGGAUGCCUUAGUAGGAAUACAUAUCCUAAUAGCCUUGAUGGAGAAACUGUGGACACCAGAUUCUACAACGACCUCAUUCCUGCCAAAGCCUUUAUGGCAACAGAGACUCAAGCAGGAAGUGCACCAGGCCUGUUGUGAACUCCUCGAUGUCAAAUUCACUUCUACAAAGAGGAAUCAAGAUGCAGGCAGUGCCAAAGGUGGCCACAUUCCCCCCAACAAGCUCAAACCACAUGCACGUGCCUACUCCCUCCGCCAAGGCCCCCUCUACCACAACUGCCAGUUGCGGGCUCCAGAUGACCAGCCUUUAUGUACCAUUGACCCAAAGAAGGCACACUGGUAUGUGGCAAAGGGGUUGGGUGUGCUGGUAAGCGAAGAGCCCUUGGUUGUACGCCUCAAGUUUGAACCCGCUGGUCGCCCUCAGGCUGAGCUUCAGGAUGGCCAGUUCUACUUGCAGGAGCGCCAAAACUUGUGCGUGGUGUGUGGCAAGGACCAGUCAUACAUCAGGAAGAAUGUUGUGCCCCAUGAGUACCGCAAGUACUUUCCAGCAAUCCUGAAGCACCACCAGAACCAUGAUGUGGUAUUGCUCUGCUUAGAGUGCCACCGCAUAAGCAACAUCCGAGACAAUGCUCUGCGGAGCCAGCUAGCAGAGGAGUGUGAUGCACCUAUCGGCACUGACAAAGAUGUAAAGGCAACAUUUGAUAAAGCCAAGAAGGCAGUGCGCUAUGCAGCUAGUGCAUUGCUUAGGAGACCUGCUGGCAUCCCUGAGAAGAGGAUUGCUGAGUUGCAAGGUGUUGUUCGGAGGCAUUAUGGUGUGGAGGAGCUCACAAGGGAGCUACUGGAGGAAGCAGCCAACAUGGAGGUCAAGGUUUACAACAAGGAGUAUCAGGCACAUGGUCACAAGGUCUUUGAAGUCUACAGCAAGGAUGGACUUGUCAAGUUGGAGCAGAGAUGGCGGCAGCACUUCCUGUCCUCCAUGAAACCAGAGCACUUGCCUGAGUGCUGGUCUGUUACCCACAACGACUACAAGCUGCGGCUCAAGAUGGCUCGCCUGCCACUUGAUCACCCUGACCGCCACAAUUACAAACUGGCUCUUGUGGGCACAGAAGGAACUAUCGAUGUGCCCUACGACCCUUCACAGGACAGGAGGAGAACUGUGGAGGAAGGUUCAGCACCCAGUAAGGAAGUUACUUGCAAUGAGUCUUCUUCAACUGAGGAGAGCGAGGAUGAGUUAGUGGGUGAGGAGGAAAGGAAAAGAUAUAGUGAGAUAGACGAGGCAAACAGUGACAGUGAACCCUAUGGAGAGGAUAUUAUUCAGGAAUAAAAGAAACCUGGAAACCUUUCUGUAAUAAAUAUAAAGAUACUUAUAAGCUUUCCUUGAUUUGGAGUUAUGAUAAAGCUUUAGGAUAAGAGAAGAUAUUGUACAAAUCUGUAUGUGUUUGGUAAAUUAGUAGUUUUAUACUUUUAUAUCAGUAUUUAUGUUAUUUAAGAACAUUUUUUCAGGCUUUAUUUUUGACAAAUAGUGAUGAAGACCCAAAGUGAUUUUUUACUCUGUAAAAGUAAGGCUUGCAGUGCAAGUAUAUACUCUCUUCCUUGAAAACUAUUUAUUGUGUUUAAAAUAUAAAGUUGUAUAUAUUAUCUCUAGUUUAUUCUCUGUAAAAAAAAACAUAUAACUGUUUUUUCUCUCUUUUUUUUUAAGAGUAAAGGAUGCAUUUCUGAAAAAAACUUGUUUAUGUUUUUAUCUAGAAGGUGAAAGGGAGACAGUAUUUUGUGUCCAGGUAUGCUUUCCAUUAAUUCUUGAAGAGGAAAGUACUCUGAUGAAGCACUUCAAUACCAUUAAGACCAUCUGGUCAUUAUAUAUAUCAAAACUAUUAUUGGAUUUAUCUGAAUGUCACUGUACAUUAUUAUCAAAAACAGAAGAUUGAUAUAUUUUAAAAAAGAGUAUAGUAUUUUAUUUAACAGACAUUCUUUUUGUAUAAAAAAAUAAAAUAUAAAACUCAAU